AUGGCGAUUCCCUUCGAUCUUCUGAUUGGUACAUAUGAGGUUAUUUGCAACUGUCCAGAAGGAUUGGAAGAAAUUGUGGCAAAAGAAACACUAAAACGGACAGAAAAGAUACUUGAAACUCUUGGUGAGGACAAACUAGGAAGAUUUCUCUAUUACUGGGGCAUCUUACUCAAACGUACGGAUCAUGCUGAACCCUUUGUGCAAGUAUUCGAAAGAAGUUUUAUAAAACUUGUUAAUUCUUCAGCUUUAGAAAACCUUCAAAGGUUCGUCGGAACAGCUAAGACAUCUAUCCUUUUUGCAUCACGAGAGAGUAGAGAGAGGUUGUUAAAUGCAAUUGCAACGUCUGAGUACAAUUCCGAAUUGUUCAUUAUUCUCACCAAGUUACAAGAGUUUACUGAGACAAUACAUUCACUUGACCCUUCGAUUUAUAAGGAAUGGUAUGACCACAGUUUCAGUAUUAAAGUGGACACAAAAAAGCAUGACAUAAAGCAAGUAUGUCAUAGGCUGAACGAAAUAUUGUCUCCUGAAGGAAAUAUUGAAAAGAGGGAAGUAGUAAAAAUAGUACAAAAUAUCUUAAUACUUGAACUGAAGAAGAGCGCUGUUGAAAGUAUAUUAAGAGUUACUGAUGUAUUUGAAAAAUGCCUUAUCAAAGAUGUCUUGGUUGAGACAUUCAUGGAACAUGUUUCAGAAGAAGUAAGGCAUACCAGCUCCGACGUUUUGAAACUCCUUGAACCAUUCACCGUUCAAGGUAUUUUAAGGAUAGAAACAAGAUUUAAAGCUGAUAUCAUAUACUUGAUUGUCGACAAGUAUGCUAAUAUGGUGGAACUGUCAUCCGAAAAACAGGUUUUGUCAAACGUCUUUAAGAUGAACCGCUUUUACACUGUCCUUUUUAAAUGUCAAGGGGAGUUUACAGAAAGAAUCAAAGUACACCCGUUUUGCAUCAGAAUUGUUCAGUUUGUACAUUCUCUUGUUGAGAAGUUGACCGCUUCUGAGAUAGAUUACAAAUUAAUGAAGUACAUAUCUUCCAAGCAAUAUGAAGUAGAAGCGUUUGCUGUUUUGAUAUGCGGGUCUCAAGAUAUACUGGCAUUGAUAGACUCAAAUAUGAAAAUAUUUAAUGAUGAAAUUAAACGUAUUGAAACUGUGAAAUAUGUACUAUCUACAAUUAAAUCCAAGGCGGUUAAUGUUCCAAGAAAUUUUGAGAAAGUUAUUGAUGAUGUAAAAGAAAGAGAAGCAAGCUUAUACAGCGGACACAUUACUGGAAACACCUGUCAUUUACUAUGGGAAUCAAUGGAGAAAAUACCAGGUACCUGUCUUCAGCUGUUAACUGUUGUUAAGUCAGUAGUAUUCUGGAAUUUACUUCGAGACAAACUUGCAAAUAUGCUAGAGGAACGAAUUGAUACUGACGUAUCUGGUCAACCAAUUGAAAAUCACGACCUUCAUUCCAAUACAAAUCAAGAAGGAAAUACAGCCGAUAUGGAAGGAGAAAAAGGCGCUUACUUUUUGCAGUCAUCUUUAGAUUACAUUGAAAUGGUGCAGACCGAUGGUUUACAAUUAUAUAAAGAUUACAUGCAGACAUUUUUAACAGACAAUAAUCAGAGCAUGAAAGACAUAUUAGAUAUGUUCAACAGUAAACCAAUCAUGAAUUCUACCAGUUCGUCAUCAAAACCAGAUAUCGAUAAAGAAAAGGAUAUUGCAGAUAAAACACUAUGCAUAUCAUAUGACCAUUCCACAUGGAAUACCUUAACUAGAAUUUACAGUAUAGGCGACAUAGCUUCGAAAGUCAAUAUUAUUCGGCUUUUUCUUACCGUAUUUGAGAAAAACUUGACAGGUGAUCAAACAGUUUCUGAUGCUCUUGAAUCCUUUGAUAAAUUGCUGAGAGGGAAUGUGAAUGAAUACACCUUUUUACAAGUAAAGACAUCAUUGGAAAUGGUUUAUUCUAUUGUGAAUAAACUUUCGGAAUCAACGUUUGAUAUAAUGUCUUCUAUAGGACAUUGCUCCUCACUUAUUGACUUCUUGAGGGACAUUUUGGAUGAGGACAUAAGAAAUCUUAUUGACGCAGUUGAAGAUAUAUCUGAGCAACAGGUACAAGAAUCAACAGUUUCGGGUCUAAUUGAGAUUAAACAAUUGCUUUUCCCCAUUCUCAAGCAGAAUCUGAGUUGUCAACAUAUUUUAAACGUUUUAGAAGAUCAAGUGAAAGAAAUAAGCAAUAGUUCAACAUUGCCAGCAAAGGUGCAGCAGUGUGUAGAAAACAUUCAUAAUCUUAGGUCCUUAUAUAACAAUGUAGCAAACAGAGGAGAGCAAACAAAACAAAUAGUGAAACACAUACUUGAUUGUGGCUUUUUCACAUUUCAGUUAAAUGAUAAAACACAAACUGUUCAGUUGCAGGCAGUAUACACUCUGAAUGAGAAAACUGUUACAAAAGAAAGAGCUGAACUGAGUGACUUAAGAAGUCGUUCAUUACUUCUUAUGAACACAGACAGAAAAGAAUCACUAAGCAGUCAACUGUCUAGAGAACAAGUGGAAACAUUUGUUACUUACGUUGAUGAAAGUAUAGAACUAGCCGAGCUAUAUUCGCAAUUGCAUACAUCUGGUCAUUGCUCGUAUAUUUUAAUCGAUAAACAAGUUGAAUCAUCAGCUCUUUCAGCAGAAAUAAAAAAACUAGCAAAGGAAUCUCAUAACUGGGAAAUAGAGUUGUUCGAAGAGAGGAAGAAACAUUACCUUAUGAAUUUCAUUCAUGGUUUUGGACUGCACUCGAUGUACGAAUAUUUAAGUACUGGUGAGAAAAUGAAAUCGGGAAACAUAAAAACACUUGAAUGUGCCGUUCAAACCAUUUUGAAUUUCAUUCAUCCAGAAAUGAUAGCAAACAAAUUUAAGGACACAUUUUUUGAAGAAAACGGAUCUUGUCAACCAUGGAGUAGUGCAGCCUGGUUACAUUGCCUUGGAAUGGCACUACAUACAUCAUAUCUAAGCAUAUCUGAAACCUGCGACAAAAAAGCAAUUUACACGAAAGGGACAGCGGACUCUCUCAAAAUGACAGAUGUUGUGCAAAAAGGAAAAUUAUUUUUAGCUCAACUAGACGAAAACAGUUUAUACACAGUAAGAACUGUCAUCACCUUAUAUGCCAAUACAGUAAACAAAAUGCCUGCAUCUCACCAAGUUCUAUUUUGUACUAAAGAAACAUCAUUAGACGAAGUAGAACUGUUGGUGAGAAGAUGUUCAAUGGCCUAUAAAUUUUACAAAGAGACGCCAUUAUACUGUAUUGCUAAUGUUGAACUUCUUCCAAGUGAGUUAUAUGCAGAUUUUCUUGAUAUUUUAGGACACAUUUCAGAGAAUUACGUUAAUUUUCUACUUGCACUUGUUUGUAGAGGCACAAAUAGUCACCAAAUAAUAGAAGAGCUUAAUGAGUAUAAAACAACAGUAGCUCCAGUUUCUGAUGCAUUAGUUAAAAACAUUUUUAAAACUCAACACGAAAACGUGCUAACAUUAACGUCAGACUUAGCUGGUAUGGGAAAGACAAGUCAAGUUUUCAAGAAAGCACAUAUCGAGAAAAAGGUAGUCUCUACAUUUCAUAUAAGCGGAACAACUCGCAAAUUCAGGCUAGUUGAAAGGUUGGAUUCUUUAAAAGUGAACUCAUACCAUAUUUUACAUAUUGAUAUUGGAACUGUUGAUGACCCAAAGGAACUGGAUACCUUUCUGUUUGAGCUUUUAAUUCUACGGUAUGUUUCGGCUGGACGGAUAUCAGUUGCAUUAAGAACAGAAUAUGUUGUGUUAGAAAUAGCAAACACAAUAAAUGAAUCGUUAAGAAAUUCAUUGCAAACGGCUUUACUGUUUUCCCGAGAGCACCUUAUUUGGAAAAAAUUUGAUGAUUUCCUCGUAAGCAAAGAAAUACAAAGCCCCGUUCAGAUCGUAUGCAAAUACCUAAGUUUCAAUGAUAUUGGAUGUCUUGACAGAAAAAAUAUCAAUUUAGAUGUGUGCAAACCUUUGUCAACAAAUCGAUGCCGAAAAUUACUGAAAUCUUUCUUUGGCCUAGAAGAUGAGUUGUCUUUUCCUGUUGUUAGAGCGACUUUAGAUGUACUAGCUGAUCAGUUUAAAAAAAUGACAUGCAGUCCGUUUUUCAAAGUAUCACGAUUGCAAGAUAUGAUAGGUAAUAAAGGUGAUCAAACUUUUAAAAGCAGCCUCGUGAUGGCAAUGGCAACAAGUACAAAAGAAUUUGCAUCGCGAUCUGUUAGUAGCUGUAGAUCUACCCAAGCAUCAACUACACAGUAUGACGAAGACACAACACCCAAUUCGAACGAUUUAUCCACACAUAUUAUGCAAAGGACUAAAGGUAUGAUCAGAUGGGAGGAUAGCAAUCAUCUAAUGUUUGUUUUUCAUUGCCAGAAUAUACAAACUUUGUCACCAAUUUAUCGCGAUCAAUCCAAAGUGCCAUGCAAUAUUCGAGAUAUAUUUUGUAGACAAAUGAACAAGGAAUUGCAGGAUUUCAGAGCUCUGAGUCAAAGCGAGCUCCAAAAUCUUCUUCAAAAAAUUGCACGAAACAAUCCAACACCUUUACCAAGCUCUGAGCUGGCAAAGAUAGCAUCAGGUUAUGCAUUGACUCCAGAUAAUUUAUUAAAAAUGGUUUUGAUUAUGCUUCGUAUAAAAGCUGGCGUUCCAGUAGUUAUAAUGGGAGAAACAGGCUGUGGUAAGACGUCACUAGUACGUUAUCUAGCAUCAAUUUGUGAAGUACAUUUUGAUGUUCUGAAUAUUCAUGCUGGGGUCACAGAAGAAACUAUUAUUGAAACUGUCGAUUAUCACUGCUCCGAGUCUAUGAAAUGUCUGCAAACAGAGCGAUGGCUAUUUUUAGACGAAAUCAACACAUCCGAAAGUAUUGGCGUCAUGACAGAAAUUAUUUGCCACCAAAAAUGUUUAGGAAAACCAAUUCCACCGAAUUUAGUUGUGAUGGGGGCAUGUAAUCCUUACAAACUUAGGUCAAAGAAAGACAUUGCUACGGCAGGUCUCACUAUUAAAUCACAAAACGACGAAUUAUCGAGACUUGUUUAUAGAGUACUUCCCCUUCCAGAAAUGAUGGUUGAUUAUGUCUGGGAUUUCGGUUGUCUAAACGAUAACGAUGAAAAAUUGUACAUUAUGAGAAUGGUAGAUGGACUUCUUCCAAAUGAAAAGUUUCACAAUUUGUUUUCGGAUUUGCUUUCAGCAUCGCAGUCAUUUGUUAGACAGAAAGAGGCGUCUUCAUAUGCUGUAAGUUUAAGAGAUGUAAACAGAUGUAGUAUUUUGAUAAAAUGGUUUGAAAAUAUUCUUCGCAAUAAAAAGCCAUUAAAGGAAUAUUCUCUCAACUGUGAUCUUCAUAUCAGAGCGAUGAUUUUAUCGCUUGCGCAUUGCUAUCAUUGCCGCUUUUCAAGUAAGGAUACUCGCAGUGACUAUCGCAAAACACUCCGGGCAAAACUAAAGGAAUAUAAUAUUCCCGAAUUUGAUAUCAGCCAUGAUGUCAUUGCUGAUAUAAUUGUUGAAGAACAAAAAGAUUUUAUUUUUCGUAUGGAAUUACCCGAAGGAACUGCAUGUAACUCGGCUCUUAUGGAAAACGUUUUUGUCAUUAUUGUUUGUAUUUACAACCGCUUACCAAUAUUUGUUGUUGGAAAGCCAGGCUGUAGCAAAUCGCUUGCAAUGCAACUUAUAAGAAGUAAUCUCAGGGGAAAAGAUUCUAAAGAUCCCUUUUUCAAAACGCUUCAACAACUGUACUGUGUCUCAUUUCAAGGAUCGGAAUCAUCGACCUCAGACGGAAUAUUAAAAGUUUUUAAGAAAGCAUUAAAUUAUCAGUCAUCAAAUAGUGCUGAUUGUGUUUUGUCUGUAGUCAUUUUAGACGAAAUUGGUCUUGCUGAAGUUUCAAGAUUUAACCCUUUAAAGGUUUUACAUAAUUUACUUGAACCAGAUGGAGAACUGAGGCCUCAUGUUGCUGUUGUAGGCUUAUCUAACUGGUCGCUUGAUGCAUCAAAAAUGAAUCGGGCUAUUCAUCUUUCACGAACAGAUAUGGAUGAAGAAGAGCUAUAUAAUACUGCAAAGGCAAUAAGUGAAUCAUAUUCCACAAAGAGAACAGAAAGAGACUCUUCUUCAACAAUUUCUUUCCUUGAUGCCGUAGAAUACACUACAGAAAUAAAAAAUGCUGACAUAAUAAAAGACAUUGAACAUGAGCUCCAGGGUAUAGCAAAGUCAUUCAAAGAAUACAGCAAUAGGUCUAGAUUUAAAAACUUUCAUGGAUUGAGAGACUUUUACGCUCUUGUAAAAUAUGUUGCAAGACAAUUGACAACUGUAAGUACAUAUCAGGAGUCUCUUCAAACUGAUCUCGUGUCAAAUGUUGUUCAAUCUGGUCUUGAGAGGAACUUUGGAGGUCUUCCGACUGAAAGCAAAACAUUGUAUGAAAUUUUCAAUGUUUACUUUAACCUAAAUAUCAAUAUUAAAAGGAAUGUACUUGAUUUGAUAAAAGAAAAUGUAAAUGAUCAUAUUGCUCGACAUCUUUUGCUUGUAACGUGUGGCGAUUCAUCCUUAGGGAUACUGGAACAACAGCUCAAUAGCAUAGGUCGAAGUACAAGAGAAGUUAUCUUUGGAAGCCAAUUCGAAGACGACUUAACCGAUGAUUACAAUUACAGAAUUCUAAGUAGAAUUAUUUUGUGUAUGGAAGAAGGGAUCAUACUUAUUUUGAAAGACCUUGAAAACAUAUAUGGAAGUUUAUAUGACAUGCUGAAUCAAAACUACGCAGUUAUAGGCAAUAAACGGAAUUGCAGAGUAGCUCUUGGUGCUUACAGCAAUCCGAUUUGUCAAGUUGCAAAAUCUUUCCGAUGUAUUGUGUUGAUGGACGAAACAAAAGUUAAAAGAUGUGAUCCUCCAUUUUUGAAUAGAUUUGAGAAGCAAUAUAUCAGAUUUUUAGACGUCUUAACAACAGAACAAAAGAAUCUUGUUGAUCAGUUAAAGGAAUGGAUUAAAGGCCUUAAAGACAUCCAAGAACGUUCUUAUGACUUUACAGACAUGUUCCCUGUAUAUAGUGAUGAUCUUGUACCAUCUUUAGUAUUGAAGACAGAACGGGAAAAAGAGAAGAUAGGACUAGUUGAUGAGAGCAUUUCUGUUAUAGACAGAUGCAAAACAAAGUUAUUAUGGAUUUUUAAACCAGAAGCAAUAGUACGUCUUAAACGAGCUAUUGCACCAACUGCAAUGCAUGAGGCUGAUGAAAUUAAGGCCGCAUACUUUGAUUUACCUAUUCAUUGCGGUCUUGAUAGUUUUAUAUCUUCCCAGUUGAAAAACUUGAGCGGUAGUACAUCAAAGGAAGGGAUUUUGACAAUUGUAUUCACGAACAGUAGCAUGCACAUUAGUUUACAACAGAGUCUCCUUUGCAAAAAUGUUCAAACAGAAAAACUAGGAACCUUUAAAUCUGAAAAACAGGUUUCAAACAAAAUACAACAUUUUUGGUCUUUGGAUUCUCAAUCAGAUAUUCUUAUUAUUCAGUGUAGUGCAGUAGAUGAUGAAAAACAUAUUCUAUUGACAAAAUCGAUAAUUGAAAGACACAGAUCGACAUAUGUUUCUAAAUCGAACCCAAGCAAACAUGUAUAUUUAAUUGUGCAUACGCCUAUGUAUAAAGGAUCUUCGGAGGCAGUAUCUCAAUUAAACUUCAUGUCGGACUGGAAUCUAGUUAUGUUGGAUAGUCUUGAGUCUUCAGACACGGAUUUACCUUCAUUGUGUGACAUGGAUAUUUUAAAAGCAAUAGAAAAUAAAAGACCGCUCGACAAAAGUUUGAUUGCACUUUUGUUCUGGUCCUUUACCAGAAUAAAAUAUUCCCCACAUGGCAGAGAUGUUGACAGUAUAAAUGCCAUACUAACAAAAAUGAAACAGUCGCAAGAGUUCCUUACAUUUCUGGACGAAAGUAUAUGGAAGAUAGUUUCAGAUAUGGAAAUACAGGAGAAGGAUUGGCAAAUUAAAGUAGCGUGUGACAUUCAAGCUCUUCGAAAUUCUUCAAGUUUUGUAGAUGCACUGGAACAAUACAUCAUGCGUGUGAUAAGAAUUCCUUUGACGAAAUUAAUAUUUUGUUUGGAAAGCCAUGGUUUAUUAGAAAGUUAUUUUGUCGAAGAUACAGUUUCAGCUGAUCGAAGGAAUACUUGGCUAGAUCUUGUACAAGAUGAACGUUUGUUUUCGAUUGCCAAAAUACCUGAUGAAACAGGACCUGAGUGUUAUUCAUGUGAUACCCCUGAUUGUGCAUUACAGAUGCCGUUUAGCAAAAUGAUAUUUAGUAUUAUAGAACAGCAAAGGGAUGAAUUUAUAGAAGAUUUGUCUAUCCUUAAAAGUAAUUACAAAAUAGAUGAUCAAGAAAAUGUGCCAUUGACCUUGAUAGAAGAUGUUUUGGCAACACAGGAAAAAUUGGCACUUCGUAAUAUCCCUGAUUUGAACCGUUUUUGUUAUGAAACAUUUGAAAAAGACUAUAUUCAUGAUUUUUCAAGCCUGAUAUCUGUUACUUUUUGUUCUGGAAUGAGGAAAAUAAAAAGGGCAAAAUACAUGGAAUGGAUUGUUAGGCAGAAAAGCGAUAUUAUCGAUAAAACUAAGAUUGACAUAAUUGUACGUCUACAUGCAACGACUUGGAUGAACACAUCACUAUUUAGAGCUGAAAUGCAACUUUUAGCUCUGUGUGAAAAAGUUGGUCUUGAAAAAGAAACAUUGGAACAUGUGAUACAAACAAGUGGGUUAGAAUGUAGA